CCGUCGUGGAAACAAUGUAACAGCAGAGGCCGGUUCGGGAUCUCGUGUGCGCGCGUGUGUUUUUUUCUCACUCGGUCGGUCUCUCCCCCCCUACUGGGUGCUCUGGAUGCCCCAUUGCCAUUGCAAUUGAGGAGGAAAUCCCUCUGCGGUAUCGCUAGUGAAUUGUUGUUGUUAUUGUGACCUUCCCUGUGGGUGCAGUCCAAGGAAGUGUUGAAGUGUUGGAGUGCAGGGAAGGAACAGGUGCUGGUGAGGUAUACAGCAAAUUCCUUCACAGGUAUAGCUGGACCCCCGGAAGAUGGCUGAGGGGUUUUGAGGGAGAUUCGAGGGGCUAGAGCAUGUGGGUGUCGUCGUGAGGACAGUGGAAUUUUUCUGGCUAUUCAUCGUGCAACUGCAUUUUUGUGCAAUUUAUUUGGAAGCAUAGCUUCCAUAAGAUCUGUGUGGUGCUACAUCACUGUAUUAAAGUGUGGAAAGUGUGGAUGCAUUCCUAAGUAUCCUUUGGGAUGAGCAUUUUUCUGGAAUUCCAGUCAAUCACCUGAGAUUGCAGGAUAGAGAACGUGUGCUCCAUUCGGUGAAGCUCGACGAUGUGAUGAGUCGAAUGUUAUUGUGGAAAAUACUUGGGACGAAAAAAUCGGUAUAAAUUCUGCACCUAUCGGAAAAAGAUAAAUUGUGCAUGUCGUGCAACUUUCAAUCAAGAAGCUAAACGUGUGUAAUCAAUCAUAAUCCUGUACACUUAAGCAGAAGAGCGUUCACCUGCUUCGCGUUAAUAACAUCAGCACAGAGCACAGGUAUUCACCUGCGUUGGAUUACACCUACUUACAUAAUACGACAGCUCCGAAUAAACCUGGCUGAACAGCGUUCUAGACAGCACUCUGCACUGGCUUGUCGUGGUCGUGGUGUGAUAAUUGGAUAGGCAAAAGUGCAGUAAUUGUGACUCCUCAUUCAACAAAACGAGCGACCGGAUCAACGACAAAAUUCUUCCUCCGCCCAAUCCAUUUCAUUCCAUUCCAUUCAGUGAAUAGUACAGAGUGGGAGGAAACCAAAUUACGAAAAAGUUCAGUGUAUAGCUGCACAAAUUGAAUUGCGGGUGUUUUUUCGUCCAGCUUUUUCUGUCUACUUAGGCUCAGGCUAAGCCAAAGUCCUAGGAAAAAAAAACGAGAGGAUCCGAAACAGGUGUCAAACGGGAAAGGUAAUAUCCGGGAAGUGCCGCCUGUUCUGCCAAUUCCCGUCACGGAAAAAGUCAUAAUCAUGUAUUCCGGGGGUUAGCAGCAGUGUUCUACUGCCUCGAAGCCGGAUGCUCAAUGGUGCCAACUGAAGGUAACAAGGGGAACUAGUGCUGGGAAAUUCCCCAAUGGGGGGCAGUGUGGUUCUUUAAUAGUGGCAAACAGUGUUAGGCUUAAUCGAAACCAGUAAACGCGAUUUAUCAAUUAGUGUGUGUGUAUGUCUGUUGAGGCAAGCAAUCGGUGAUGCACAUUCCAGGACAGGGGCAGCGGCGGAUUGUUCCUUCCUUCGUCCUUCUUCCCCGGAAUCACCAUUAGUACGAGUAACUAUUUGGAGUGGAAGAACAGUAGCAACCAGCUGGGAUUAGAAAACAGAAACAACCCCCGGGCCGGAUUCAUCACAAAACUAACGGACAGCUGGAAACGUUCCCAUAGAAGCUGCUUCACGUCAACCACACGAGGGCAGUCUUCAAUAUUGUUGCUGCAGCAAAUCGUUCAACCCCCUUGUUCAACAAAACAAAAUAACAUAAAAAAAGUGCACCAAACCACUCCAGACAGACAGACACAAAAAGUUAGAGUUGCUCCUCGAAAUUAUCCAUCGCUAGAAUCGAGUCAGUCGCAUUGUGCUAGUUGGUUUUUUUUCUAGUUUUGUUCUAACUCUCUGGAGCCAAUCCGAUUGCGGUGGAGUCAGGUUGAAGUGCUUAGGAGUUAGCAGCGAAAUUGUUGCGAUUUGAUGGAGAACAAUCCACCACCCACCUCGAGCGUGGAUGAUUGCUGCGCCGCGUAUAGUUGGGUUUAAUUUUUCCGACCGGUGGAAAAAGUUGGACUUGCCCCGGGGCGAGCAAAAAAUUGAAACUCGGCACGGAAUCGUUGCGGUAUCGGUUGAUAAUUGAUUGCGCUAGUGGAAGCUUCGAGGGUGGGGGCGUGUGUUAUAUUUUAUUUUGUGUUCUGUGUUUCUCUCUCGGUCUGGUGCUUCGUGUUUCGGAAAAAUUCUGACAACUCUGUUUGCUCAAAAUAAUAAAAAAAAAUUCCCCACGGAGCGGCAUUCAAGAGCUCUUAAAUCAACCCUCGCACCCCGUUUUUCACGGAUCCGCCCCGUUUUCCGGAAAAUGGCUCGAUAACGAGGAAAUGCUCAAUCAAGCUUAAAAUCGAUGCACGUCUGUCGAUUAAUUAGCACCUUUCAAAAGCAAGCCUCUGGAAAGGCAAACAAAAUUUCCGGCCCAUUGAUCAGACCCAGUCCCGAGGGGCCACAUCAACAGAGAACCGUGGGCCAAACGUAAGGAGAAACAGAGCAAGACGGAGGUCAAAAGGGCCCCAGGACGAGGAAAAGAGAAAGCUCAACAGAAAAAAAAAAUAUUAUAGCUGAAUCGAACAAUAAACAUAAAAAGUAAACAUUAUCAUCAUGAAAGGCAGAAAACGCGGGCAGAAAUGUGUGUGUACCGCCAAUUGAAAUAAUAUUGGCAAUUGGCGUCGUUUCCAUUCCUGCUUCCGGGAUCUCUUGAAAAAUAGUGGAAAAUCGAUCGCAGGAAAACGAAACCGGAAGUGUGUGCGUCGCGUCGCGUUUCAACGCAUUUCCGCCGGGAUUCCGCAGUGUGUUGUAGGCAGUUCCUGGAACCACGUAUAUUAUUCAGAGGCAGAAAAUUCUACCCCAACAAAUAAGAGCCUCGAAGUUGGCAUAUUCUGUGAAAAAGAUCGGUUCGAUUUGAUUGAGAAAUUUAUAAGCGCGCUCGGGCUUCAUCUGAAGCGUUAAAGGGAAACGUGUUUGGCGCGUGUGUUUGAGGGUUUUCUCGGAGGGUGUGUUCUAGAUAGCGCAACAAAAAAAAUAAAAAUAAAAAUGAAAAUACUUGCGGAAAGCUGCUUCAGCCCAAGGAUGGAAGGCACUUUUCUGGCCCUCGCGGUACUGCUGCUGACCGUUGGAUGUCGGAUCCACGUGACUGGCGAGGCUUUUAAAUCAGAAGUUCCGGUGCACGUGGAACGGGUUUUGGUGAACGAUACGGCUCAGAUCAAAUGUGAUGUGUCGUCCAAUUUGCCUAACGACCGGAUACUGCUGGUGGUGUGGUACAAGGACAACCUUCCGAUCUAUAGCUACGACACUAGGACAGAAAGCAACAAAGAGACACCCUCGCAUUGGAGGGACGGCAAUAUUCUGGGAGAUCGAGCCAACUUCAAACCGAUGCGGGAUAAAAGUCGAGCAGAACUCGUCAUCAGUCCGGUUCUGAAAAAGGAUGCCGGCGUGUUCCGGUGCCGAGUGGAUUUUUCCCUCUCGCCAACAAAAAACAGCAACGUCAACCUGGAAAUAGUCGUGCCACCGGACGUUCCGCGGAUUCACGACUCCAAUGGUUUCGAGCUUCCCCAGCAUGCCGGCCCUUUCGAAGAGGGUGGCAUCCUGGAGCUGAACUGCAUCGUCUCUGGGGGAAUACCCACGCCAAAAAUCACCUGGACCAGCAACGGAAAGGUGCUCCCCAGUACGAUGAUGGAGUAUUCUCACGAGGGUACCCUGAGCAGUAAGCUGGUGGUCCGGAACCUGUCCCGGAACCAUCAGCACAGCGUCUACAGCUGUCAGGCGAGCAACUUCUACAAACGCAACGUGACGGCCAACGUGACGAUUGAGCUGCGGUUGCGACCCCUGGUGGUUGAAAUAAUCAACGGAAGUACGCCUCUUUCGUCCGACCGGCGCUACGUGGUCCAGUGCCAGUCCAGUGGGUCGAGGCCGCCAGCCAAAAUCACCUGGUGGAAGGAGGGUGAGCAGCUGACGGCCACUAAUCAAACGACUUCCGAGGACGGCAACAGCACUAUGUCGUCCUUGAGCUUUACCCCGACUAGGGAGGACCAUGGAAAAUCGCUCACCUGCCGGGCCACCAACGAACUUGUCAAACGGGGGACAAAAGAGGCGUCCACCAAGCUCAACAUUUUCUAUCUGCCCACGCUCAAGCUCGAACUUGGCACCAACAUGAACCCGGAAGACAUCGAGGAAGGAGACGACGUGUACUUUGAAUGUAAAGUGAAUGCAAAUCCGUCUGCAUACAAAGUGGUGUGGAAGCAUAAUGACCAAGUCGUUCAACACAAUUCCAAAUCCGGGGUGAUAAUGAGCAGUACGGCGCUGGCGUUGCAAGCCGUUACUCGACAUCAGGCCGGCAACUACACCUGUAUUGCCUCCAACGUCGAAGGCGACGGAGAAAGCAACACCGUCGACCUGAAGGUUAUGUACAAACCAAUCUGCCGGCCAGAUCAGAAGAAAAUCUACGGAGUGGCUCGGAACGAGGCGGCCGAGAUCCUGUGCCAAGUGGACGCCUACCCGCCUCCGGAAUCGUUCAAGUGGUCCUUCAACAACACGGCCGAGACGAUCGAUAUGCCCCAGAGUGGGUACCGGGUGCAUGCCGGGCAGGCUUCAUCGCUGACCUACACCCCAGUCAAGGAACUGGACUACGGCACGAUCAUGUGCUGGGCAGACAACGCAGUCGGACAGCAGCGGGAACCGUGUGUUUUCCACCUGAUAGCUGCCGGAAAACCGGAAAUGCCAUACAACUGUUCCCUGGUCAACCAAACCUCCGAAUCGCUUGAGGUGGACUGCGCAGAAGAACCGUCUGGUUUGUUCUCGUCACCGGCAGGAUUCGAUGGCGGUCAGCGGCAGUGGUUCGUGAUGGAGAUCUACGAUCAGCAGACGCUGAUGCUCCUGGCCAAUGUGUCCUCCCGGGUUCCAAUCUUCACCGUCGGGGGCCUCGAUUCCGGGCGGCUGCUGCGGAUUGUCAUCUACGCGACCAACAUGCGAGGCCGCAGCGAACCGAUCCAGAUGCAGGCCUACACUCUGAAACCGGCCGAAAAGCAGACAGGUCCACAUGCCGAGUUCGAAUUAUCGCCGAUCCUAUCGAUUGGGAUAUUUAUUGGCAUUUUAACGGUGAUAAUCUGCAUAAUAAUCGCCGUGGCCGCGGCCCACAAACUGCGUACCAGCCAGGCGGCCAAGGGACACCAUUCCGGAACCGGAACCGGCGGAAAGCCAGGAGUGCUCGGCAAGCGGCCCGGUAAUCUGCCAAUUAAGGAGAAAAUCUCGUUACCGCUCAGUCAGUCCGAGGACAUGUACGAUGAGAAGAAUCCGGACGUGGUUCCCACGAAUGAAGAUCCUGAUUACAAAUUAAUAUCGGCAAAUCAGACCCCAACGGCGCUGCAUAAUUCAUUAUGCAACAGCAAACAUGACAUCAUCGGCCGGACGAUACUGGACGAUAGCCGGAAAACAUCCUAUCUGACCGGGUCGUCUAACGAAGUCCACUACGCCGAAUUAGCAUUAGCAAUACCUCACGAUGACAAUAGCAAUAAAAAUCAUCUCAAUCACCUGAAAAAAUUGCCACCCCCUCCGGCGUACAACUAUUUCGACGAACCGACGAUCUACGCCCAGAUAGAUCACGGCGGCAGUGGCGGGGGAGUUGGAGUCGGUGUGGGUGUCGGCGUUGGCGGUAACUACAAAACCAGCAGCUCACCGUACCCGCUGAUAUCGCCUGUGUCAUCCCAGAUGGCUCCAACAGUGCCGCAGCAGCAGCAGCAGCAGUCCCUAAAUCAGUCACAAUUAACGUUACCUUUGCAUCAGCAACAGCAGCAACAACUUCCGGAACACCAUCCGGGCAGUCAGCAUCACACGCCGACAUCGUUACAGCACCACCAGUCGCAGCAGCAGUUACUCACACCAACAUCGUCGGUCGCAGCGUUGCAACAAUUACAGCUGACGCAACAGCAGCAGCAACUGCCGCCUAAUAACAAUAAACAAUACCUGCGUGAAAUAGUGACAGUCCGGACGCCGCUGGCGUUUUCCCAGCAGGAGAGCUGUGUUUAAUUAAAGUUCACUAUGUACUUCCAAAAAUGGCCACUUUUACACGGGGAGGGCGGGACAGCGGCACAGGAUAGGACAGUGGUCACACAUCCCCGUGCAAUUGUAUUUAUGUGUCUGUUUGUGUAUGUGUGCGCGUAUCCACGUGUGUCUGUCUGUAUGGCUGUUUGUACAUAUGUUAGUACGUUUUUGUAUGUAGGUAAUGCGAACAAAAAAAAAUCACAAACCCGACGAGCUGCUGCAGCGAACCAGUUUGAGAACGAAUCGAUGGACGCGCGGAUUUCUGUUUCCGGUUUUUUUUUCCUUCAACGGAUCUCUAGCUGAACAAAUGACCUAUCGCAAAUCGGAAGGCAAAUAAAUUUUUCACAGAAUCCAUAAAAAAAAAUCCGGCUGGUGCUUUCGUGGAAUGCAUUUUUUCCCCAAACAACAUACCUUGGAUAAAAUUCUUUUAAAUGUGGUUCGUAUGUUCAGUUAAUGUACACGAAUAUAACUCUCGAUUUUUUCAAGAGUUUUCAUGUUUAUUCAAUAAAAUGUUAUCUUUAAUUCCCGACCGACUUUCGCGUCAAAGGAAUGUGCCACCUCAAAAGGUGUCCUUUAAAAAUACAUUUGACAAUAUUGCCUAGCUUCGGUGGGAGACAUUGUCACUAAAAAUCCUUUAAGAAAUAGAAGCCUAAUAGCUGUUAGCAGAUUUAUGUGGGCUCAUGGAGCACUUUCUUGAUUUUCAUUCAGAGCCUUAAUCUGAUACAGCUCCUUAUAGACAUAUGAAUUGAAAGGAUGAACAUAUACUGUUUCGUUAAAGGAGAUGAUUAUAGAAUAUCUAGUCAGACGAAGCAAAUAAAAGAAAACUCUUUCAAAAUUCCUUUCCCUUCAAAAUCAUAAAUAUCAAAGUAUGUUUUCCUAUUUAUGAGCAGGAAAAGGAAAAAAGAGGUAAUAUUUUUUUAAUCUUAGUAGAUUUAUCGCAUUCUUUGAAGAGCAUAAAUAAAGCGAAGCUCAUUGCAAACUUGAAAGAAAAUAUGAUUAUUUUUAAACAAAUUUUAAACAAUUCCUUGAAAUCGAUAGAUUUCGCUUACUCUGAUCUCUUUUCAAUUGUGGAUAGAUUUCGCUGCCAAAGGGUUUUUCUUAAAAUUACAGAUGUCAAAAACAAAAGAGUAUAAAAUAACGGAAUGGUUGAGGAGUUUUCACUGCUGCCAUCUAAAAUAAAAAAGAAGGAAAACUAUACAAGACAUGAUUUAAAACCAUCUUUUCCAGCAAUUUUCAUAUCAAUAUCCAGGAUUAAGGAUCAGAAUUAAGUAUCCAGAAACCGGGAUUGGGAUCUUUAUCCGGAAUAAGGAAUCAAUAUCAAUAUUAGAAUCCCGAAUCAGAGAUAAGAAUUCAACAUCAAAUAUCAGGACCCUAGAUUCAGGAUGAAAAUCAAGUUUCCACCCAGCUAACAUUAAAUCGUAAAAGAAAUGAUAAUCCAAAUCGACUAUUUAGACAUUUCUUAUCACCAUUCCAAACAUGUUGGUACUGAGUGCCCCGCUUUGCCGCUUUGUCUUUCUUUGAUCGAUUUUUAAAAAGAAAAUCUCACCUACACUGCCGUGUUACGCCGAAGUGACGCAUAAACCAUUUUUGUUUUUAGCGAAUAAAGGCGAUUUUCUCUUUUUCCUCUUUAUUCGUUAAUCUGGAACUUUUCAUAAAAUGUACUCUGUAGAAUUUAUGCAAAGAUAGAUGACAAAUGCAGCCUUUUGAAACACAAUUCUCAAUUUUGCGUAAAAUUCGUACAAUUGCUUCAAAUGGAUAUGCGUCAGUUCGGCGUACCUAUAAACGUUUGUUUUGACUUGACGAUUCUCCGUCGGAGUGACGUUUUCCAUAGUCUUGACGUGCAACUGGAACAAACUUCGUUCCUAAGUUAAAAUAGCCAGUGCGUUGGAUCUUCCUUAAUUGCACUCGAGUGAGGAAGAAAUAUAGGGUGUUAAAAAUAGGGUGUCCAGCGACCAAAACUGGCCAAAAUAAAAAAAAAGGUGAAAUUCUUCAGAGGAUCGUUUUCGAUUCAUUGUAAAUCUUGUUUUAAAGGAGAUCGGAAGCAAUUUUCAUUAUUCCCAGUGAAACAACUCAAGGAAGUAUCGCGCUCGGACUUUUACUUUAAUCUGCGGUUCACGUUAGAAAUGAAAACAGAGGAAUAGAGGUUGAAAAAAAAACGAUUUUAAAGAAACUUUGCACACUUAUGCCAGAUAAUAGGAAAGAUUUUUGGGAAAAACUCGGAAAUUUUGGUGGAGUUUUAAUUUAUAAUUGUUUUUUUGAUGAUUUACUCAAUAAAUAAAUAUUUGAAUUAAAAAAAAAACUUCUUCUCAUUUUGAAACUGGAAUUCUUCUCGUUAAAAAUAUUCGAAUGCACAGCUUUUAAAAUAAAUAAUACUAUUGAUUUCACCACACAAACAAAUUUAAUUGUUAUAAAAAACAUCGUCAAAUUUAUGAAAAAUAUGUUUUAUUCUACAAAUGUUAAAUAAUUUCUCUAGUUUUAAAAUUAAGGUAGAGGUUGAUAUUUGCAUUCAAAUUUUAUUUACCAAACCGGCUCGACAACUUUUCUUUGUUUGAGGCCCCUUUUUUCAGAGGAACGGGGGAAGGGGGGGCAGGCUUCUCUAUUUUAUUUUGAAAAGAUCGUCAUGUUAAAAAUUGAUCUUUUUCUAUAUCUGAGGAAUAUCACUGGAAAAUAAUACGGGUUAUUGAAGUUGUUCUGUAUCGCUUUAAAAAACGCAUGGAUAUGCGUCACUUCGGCGUAUAAAUCGCACUUUUGGCGAUUCGUUUUUCUCGAUUUUCUCAAAAACUGUCCGAUAAUUUCUAGAUUUUUUGUAUAGACACAAAAUAGCGUCAAAAAAUCAAAAUCGACAAAAAUGGAUAUGCGUCACUUCGUCAUAUCACGGCAGUACAGAGCUAUAGUUUGUUUGUUUGUUUAUUUAAUCUACUGACCAAGUAUAGAUCCAAAUAAUGACUUAAAAUGUAAAUAAAAAUAACACAAAAUUUAUAUCUAACUAACGAUUCCUCAAUAUACUUCCAACUUUUCUUCGGAAAACAUCCCUCGAAACGUCGAAGUCGAAGAGCUCGGAAAAGCGGUUGAACGUUUUCAUAACAUCGAUGAAAGCUCCGUAGUGGUUCAAUCGAAUAGGAACAAACAGUUGAAGGUCCUAGUUUCUCAGUCCAUGGAGUCACACACUUAGAGCAAAUUCACUCGUGUUGGAAAAAAGUGGUAGAAAUAUUGACACUUUUAGCACAUUUUGAAAACUUUACCAUGCAAAAACAUUUUCAAGAUCUGCGGCCUUCAAGUAUUUUUACAACACGUGUUCUAUUUUCGCAUUCUGUGAUGCAGAAAUAGCAAUAUUUAUAUCACAUACGGCUGAAAUAGAAACAGUGCUGUAAAAAAUACAACACCCAAAGAUCUUAAAACAUUUUUGCAUGGUAAAAUUUUUAAAAUGUGCAAAAAGUGUCAAAAUUUCUACCACUUUUUCCCAACACCAGUCAACUUGCUCUAAGAGGAAGUUCCAGUAGCUUCCAGAAGCGUAGGACAAUCGAUUCGCAAUGUCAGUAGAUCGGUGACGAAAGAGGCUCGUGUAGCAUUUCUUCGGAAUUGAAGAGUGUCCAUGUCUAUGAGACGACAUCGAUGUUCGUAGCUUGGCAGGUGAAACGGGUCUUGCCAGUUUAAGUGUCUGAGGGCAUAACGCAAGAAACGCCGUUGGAUAGCCUCGAGCUGCUUGGUACCGUUCUGGUAGUAGAGACACCAGACAGCUGAUGCGUAUUCGAGGAUGGAUCAAACUUUGCUACAAUACAGUUUCAGGUAGUACACGUCCUUGUCCUUGGCCACUCGAAAUAAAAAUCCGAGGCUUCUAGAGGCUUUAUCAGCGACGUAGUUCGUAUGUGUUUUGAACUCAAGCUUACGGUCGAGUAUUACGCCCAGAUCAUUGAUAUGGUCCACCUGCGAAAUAGACUGAUCUUCUAAGAGGUACUCUGCCGUCUUCGUGAGAAACUGAUGACUGCACAUUCCCUGCGAUUCAAAGCCAGGAAAUUAAUGUCACAUCAGUGUGCAAAUAGAUUGAACUGGUUUUGCAGGAAAUCAAUGUCGUUCUGACGUUUGUAGUGAAGAACAGUUUAAGAUCAUCAGCAUAAUAAAGUUUCGACCUGUUGCAUCCCGAGUCGUCCUUCCACUCUUCUUCAUCUUCUGCUUGACAAUUUCCCAAUAUUUUUCGAUAGGAUGGAAUUGAGGGCAGUUGGGUGGGUUGAUGUACUUUUCGACAAAAUUCACCCCGUUGUUCCGAUACCACUGUAGUAUUUGCUGUAGUGAAAGAUUGAAAAAUCUGGCCAAAACUUGACUGGUUUUUUUUUCAGGUUUUGUACAUCUUGGAGUCCAUGCUCUUGUUAGUAACAAAACCCGGGGUUUUUCGUCCGCAGCUGCAAAUACCUUGCCAGAUCAAACACUUUCUUGCAAACUUAUCGCAAAAACGAAUUUGAACUUGCCGGGGACAUCACCCCGACCAGUAGCUUUGUAAUAUUUUUGGCCAGGAAUCUGCCCAAAAUCCAUCUUCACGUACGUUUCGUCAUCAAAGAGCAUGCAUCCGUCGUACUACGUUAGAAACUUGUCGUAUAACUUCCGGGCACGUCCUUUGGCUACUAAAUUCUGCUUCAAUGUACUGGCCCGAUAAGAUCGUAAAGGGUGUACGGAAUCAAAUUGCGGCACACAAAAAUAUUCGGCAAAAUUCACCCGUUCAACCAAUCACCUUCAAACUUUCAGGGAGUAAAAUAAAACAUGUUAUGAAUAUUUUCCCAUGUUGGUUUAAUUCAAUUUCAAUUCCAUAUCCAAUGCAUGAACCUUCUUCUUUACACUACUCAUAAGGUCCUGUACAACAUUUGGACCAAAUUUUCUUUCCAUGUUUUCUUCAUUUCUUUCUCUGAUUUCACUUCCUUAGGAUGCUUCCGAAAUUUUUGCUUAAUGAAGGCCCAGUACUUUUCAAUUGGCCGCAGUUCCGGUGCGUUCGGGGUGUUGAGAUGUUUCGGCACUAAAUUGACCUCCUUACUGCCCAUAUUUGAUAAACGGUCUAAUGUGCCAUGAACACCAAUGCGAGAAAAACGCAAAAUACAUGUUUUAACAAUUUUUUUGCAUCCAAAUACUCAAAAUAAAGUAGAUUAAUAUGCAUAACAAUCAUUGUAGGUGUAGGAAAGAGGCGGUUGAGUGAAAUUGCAAAUUUAGAUGAAGAGUUUAUGAAAAAGAAUAAUUUCAAUCUCAGUAGCCACUUUAUCAAAUAUAACGUGAACAAAAGUUGACAAAUAUCUCUGAAUUCGCCUGAUGUGCAUACGUUUUCAAAUAUUGUUGCGAUUUCUCACACCCAUAACCAUCAAGCCACAAGAUCACAACAAGAAGGGAUUAGAAAAACUUUCUAUACAAAGACACCGGUUGCUGCGAAGGAUGAUUCAACACAUCAUGCACAUUAGACAAUUUAUCAAAUAUAUUUCACAUUAGACAAAUUUUCUUUAGUGUUUUGUGCCUCCAACAAUGGGUUUUUUGAAAAACUAAUGAAGUAGGGAUAUUAUAUAGAAUAUAAGCUAUCAAAAGGCACAAUUUUCCCCUUUUUUAAAAAAAUGGCAUAUUAGACCGUUUAUCAAAUAUGGGCAGCUUAGCCUUGUACCACUCCAAAACCUCUUUCGAGUAAUGACACGAGGCUAAAUCCGGCCAGAAAAUCAUAGGACCAUCGUGUGACCUCAGAAGAGGAAGUAGACGCUUUUGGAGAUAUUUGUUUAGGUCCACCUGCCCACUGACCGUUCCAGUUGUUACGAAUGGGGUACUCCAAUUUCCAAACGAGCAAAUUGCUUGCCAAAUCAUGUAUUUUUUGGCAAACUUUGACAUCUUCUGCUUUCUAACGUCUUCGGGGACAUCGAACUUAUGAAGAGCGGUGAAAAAUUGGAGCCCUGGAAGCUGCCGGUAGUCUACUUUUACGUACGUUUCAUCAUCCAUAACGAGGCAAUGUGGUUUCGUCAACAUCUGGGUGUACAGCUUCCGUGCACGUGUUUUACCUACCGUAUUCCGCCAUUCAUCGCUAUUAGGCGCCUUUUGGACUUUGUACGUGUGUAGUACUUCACGUUUUUCGCAUCUUGCACGAAAGUUUUAGUAAGAUUCAGUUUCUUCGCCACAUCUCGAACUGAACUGUUGGGAUUCCUUUUGGAAGCUUGAACUACCCGCUUGUGAUCUUUAACAUUAUACGGAGGUCCAUUUUUGCCACUUUUUUCCGAUCGGUGGUCAAACGUUCGUGAUACCGAUUUAAAACACGAGACACAGUAGAAUGUACCAUUCCCAACUUCUUGCUGAUGGUACGAUGAGAAAGAUCCGGAUUUCCGAGGUACGUGCGCAAAAUUUCUUUGCGCCGCUGCUGUACUUCCGACUCCAUCUUCGCAACGACUGCUAGUGAAACUUACACAGCAUAAACAAAUACACAUUGAGCUAAUUCCACCCAAAAUUUCAAUAGAAAAAACUCAACGGGUAAAAAGUUACAGCCAUUUAAAAGUGGUGCAAUUUGAUUUCGUACACCCUUAUUUCUUCGGGCAGACGAAUCCGACAAAGUACUGUCAAAACAUUUCAGAUCCCACAAUUGUUGUUAUCAUUUGGUGCACUGUGUUAUCUUUGGUCGAGCGAUCGUUCAUAUCGGGCACAGUAAUAUCGUGGAAUUCCAUGAACAGGUCUGCGAAGGGCAUGUUUAAGUCGUACGUAGUGAUCGUGAAUUCCGUUACGGUGUGGAUAUUAUUGAUCUCCAUCUGGGUGGUGUUGUCGAACAAUUUAUUUAGCCGAAGGUCAACGAGCAAAUCUUAUGUAGUGCUUUAAAAAGUCGGCACCUAUGAUUGGAAAUUUGACCUCAGCGGUGGUGAAAAAACCCAAACGAAAUUCCGUCGAAGUCCGAUAUCGAUGGUCAAACGCUUGGUGCCAUAGGUUUUUAUCGGACUUUUUUUUUUAGUUGGUAACCACAGGUGGUAAAUCCCGGUUUACGGAUUGUAUUCCAAGGCACGGCGAGCCACCGCGUCCCCCCAGUUUGCUACUCUGGCCAAUUAAAAUGUGUACAAUGGGAAGACUCAUGAUGUACUCCGUGUAUACCCCCUACUCCCUAAACUCCACCUGGGGCCGCAGACCUGGUUCCCACCUAGAACUGUUUAGCACACUAUACUUCAAUGGUGGGAGGUCUAUUCGCGCUAGUCCACUCCAAGGCAAUACUCAUUAACGAAACCACUUUCAGCAAAACCUCUCAUCCUUACGACUCGACGCCUGAACUCUCCUCUAACAACUUGAGAACCGAUAUCUCCUCGCAAUGACUCGAGAUUCCCACACAAACCUCCCCUCUUCACGACUUGAGGCCUGAUCUCUUCUCUAACGACUUGAGAUCCGACCCCUCCUCGCAUCGACUCGAGGUUUACCUCUCCUCUGCACGAUCUCUCCUACAACGACUUGAGAUCUGACCUCUCCUCGUAAUGACACGAGGUGACCACUAGUACCCCUCCUCUUGUUGAUAAGGGGCCUGAUCCCUCCUCUUACGACUCGAGACCCGUCCCCUUAUCAUAAUGACUCGAUGUUUACCACACAAACCUCUCCGCCUGGAGGUUCGAGGCCUGACCUCUCCUCUGACGACUCGAAUCCCGACCUCUUAUCUCCAGGAUUCGAGAUUUGCCACCUUGCCCGUCGUGUGACAGAUCGAUAGCAGCUUAUCCUAGACUCGCGCCUGUCACGGCACAAGCGCGGGACUUAACGCAACGACUCGGAUGAUUCCCGACGAAGACGUCAUCCUACUCCGACUCGAAUGGCUCACCCGGCGUCGAGAGCCACUCUGCCUGUGGGUAUUCCCCGAUCGUGGAAUAACCCUUUCCCAACGAUUUCCACUGCGAAGAAGGUAUAGACUUAUCCCCGCAGCUUCUGUCGUUGGAAACCGCCCAACUCGGAUACUCCCCGAAGGUGGAGCUACGCAGAAUAUGUUGCCUUAUCUUUGUAGCUUCAGACCGUGGGGUCGGAUGCACUUUACUCGACAGCCCCUCGUCGAUGGGGUCAGUCUACUCCGACCGUUGUCCGGUCUUCUUUAUCCCCAUUGGCUGGCAACCCUAGGAUUUUUGGCCCGCGGAAUUUUCUGCCCGUUGUGUACCAGAUCGAGAGCAGCUUGUCCUGGACUCGCGCCUGUCACGGCACACGUUCGGGACUUUGAACGCUACGACUCGGAUUUUUCCCGACGGUGACGACAUCCUACUUCGACAAGAGAGGCUCGUCCGGCAUCGAGAGCCUCUCUACCCAUGAGUAUUCCCCGACAGUGGUUAACCCUCUUCCUUUGAGAUCCGCUACGAGGAAGGUAUAGCCUUAUCCCCGCAGUUUCCUCCUUAGGAAGCGGCAGUACUCGGAUAAAUACCCUCCGACAUUGGGGUAUCCUACACACGUUUGCGGCGCACCCCUGACCUCCGCUACGCAGAAGAUGAUGCCUUAUCUUUGUAGCUUCGAUCAAGCGAUCGGACGCACACCACUCAGAUGCUCCCCAUCGAUGAAGGUCUCGUGGCUCUAAACCGAGUACCGCUGAAUGGUUCUCGACUCGACACAUUUUACAACGAACACUGGUAACACACAGUUGCACCACCAUUUACUCCAUCUGCAACUUGCCAGAUCUGGAAAAAUCUUUACAGGUUAAUGUUCCUGAGAACAAAUUUUUCUAACCCCCCAAGGGUUCAUUUUGGCAUCCUUGCUCAUUUUUUUGUCUUCAAAUGCUGUUUUUAACGUGUGACUCACUCGGGGUGGAUCUGCAAGUAGACUGGAGGGGGAACCGGACUGGCAAGCGAAGUGCGAACAGCGCACAGAUAUGCACGUGCCUUCUCUUCAGUAGACACGGCAGACUGAAUCGAGAUAGUAGUGAUAGUGGACGCAGGAAGAUUAAACUCUUGGGAUGGUUCUGACAAGAACCGGGAUUGCGCCACCAAUCAACUACCGGGGCUCCAAGCAGUGGAACAGAGUAGAGGAACUAACUCCAGUACAAGAAAGGCAGAAUCAACAACACGAUUUUCUACUCUGUCUCUUAUCACGUUUUAUUUCUCUUCACUUAUCUAUUCACACAAACUUCACUCCAUCACGGAUGGAGUGGAACUAACUCGAGGCGCAUUGAGGAAUACGUCUUUAAAUAGGCUGGCGCGUAAGCACAGGACCACAUGCUUGGUCGGACGAUGGUUCAUGUCGAGCACGGUAAUAUCGUGCAAUUUCUUAAGCCGGUCUGCGAUGGGCAUAUUUACGUAGUGAUCGUGGGUUCCCGUUUAGGCGGCGAGCUAGAGUGUCAAUUUUCUUCUCAAGGGUUACCGAAUAGAAAUCAGGGAACUGAGCUGCGGAUACUUCUCUGUGCAGCGCUUCCAUAAUUUGGCAGUCACUUUAAAUUUUUCGUUGAGCGUUGACGACGGCAUAGCAUCGAUAAUAGAGCGCACAGUUGUUGGUAAGGCUCGAAGCCCCAAGUUUGUUAAAACAUUAUCGGUACGCCCUUGGCACACUGGGUUUUUGAUCACCAAGAACUAUUCCAGACAAUAGGACGUUGACACACUGUGUCAACGUGUGUCAACGUCCUAUUGGCCGAUGGCCGAAAGUGGGAAAUGACGGCUUCUUUCAACCGAUCGUACUUGUCAUUGGUGACCAAAGAAUUGCACGUGAUUAUCUCACUAUGGACAAACUUAGCUCGAGAACUUAGGGCCUCGAUAACGGCAUCAAGCCCUAUCGCAUUAACACAAAAUGCCGCUUCGAGGCAUACAAACCAGAUCUCGAUUAGUUCUUGAUCGAAAACCGGAUAACUAAUUUUGGCGAUCACUGGAGAUUCCAUUGUUUCGACGUCCACAUGGAGGUCUUUUGUCUCGAUAGAAUUUGUGCCGUCGAUAUUCUCCAUUUUGUUUUCGCGAGAAUGGAUUUUUUACUAAAGCGCGGUUUAUAAAUGGUUCAUAGAAGUGGUUUCAAUUUAACUUCGCGACUCGCGGUUUGACUUUUUCGUUGGACUCUGUUUGGUCGGGGUUACCUAUUUGGAGAACGAUAUUAAUUAUUUUUGAAUAAAAUAUUCCCCAAUAUUCGGAUGCGUAUAAAGAACUCGAACGCGCACAACUUGCUCGAUCGAAAGUCAAGUUAGUAUUGAUUCUAUUUACAGAAUUUUGAGACACACAAAGGAAUCACUUGCGAUCGGGUAAUCCCAUUGUUCACUGGCCGUCGACACUCAUCAUCGUACGUACUGGUGUUGGUGGGCGAUCGGCCAAACGAUCAUCGGAUGAUGAUCACCGAUUUUUUGUUGGUGUAAUGAUCCAAGAUAUUUACUUUGUUUAAGGGUACGCAAUUGAGGGCGUCGGCACUUAUGUAGAUCCUUCGAGAUUCAACAAUUUGUACACCUGACUCAAAGGUUUUGAGGUGGGUAUUCAAAUUAUUUUUUUGAAAUUUAAAUACCAUAUCCAGCCACAAUUUACGCUGUAUUAUAAAAGAAAGUUUGUCCAAUAUUUGAAAAAAACAAAUUUUAAAAUUUGAACACAAUGAUUGAUGGUUAAAAACGUAAAUAUUAUAUGGAAUUGUGAUGAACCAAAAAUCGCAUAAAUUUGAAUCAUUCUCAAAGUAAUGUUCAAAAAUUGAAAACUACUUCGAGUGCGUUGACCGCGUUGACUAAUUUUUGCAACUGUCAGAGAGCCCUCCGAAAGCCUAAUUUCUGUUUACAUGUUUCUGCACUGCAGCAGCAGCAACAACGACGCGGAGCAAUCAGGUCGAUGGCUAAUAACGUUACAUGACACAUUUCACAAAGUGGUUAACCAAUAACUUCGAUCGAACAUGGUUUUAAGGGGGAAGGCAACAAAAAUCUGCCGCCAGCUGCCGCCGGAUUAGACAUUCCGUUUAUGAAAAACAACAACUUGAUCCGACCGACGGACGGACGACGGCUACACAUUCCCGGAACCAUGGAAUUGCCCUACCAUAAAAACACCAGACGAGGCGAUGUUUCAAUCGGUAAAGUUGACAGCUGAUUGAUAAGCUAUGUGUUGUUGUUAGUCUGGAGAAAAUUGUUAAAAACAGACCUAUUUUCAAAUUUUUAUUUACAAAAAAAAAAUUAUCGAAUAAAACUGUUAGGCUCCAAAAAAAUUCUUAAGAAGAAGAAAUUCGAAAGUUCUCAAACUGGUUCAACGGUAUCGUCUUUACAAUGUAUAUAAAUUUUAGAUAAACGUAUCAAAUUGCAAACAAGAAUUGAGCAGUACACACAAGUCAAUUCCAAUGCUAGAAAAAAUUGGAAGGGGAUUUUUGUGUAAGAACAAAAUAGAAUGAUCCAUUAAACGAAUGACUAAAUUGAGCGAAACAAAAAAAUAAUCGAAUUGAGAAUCAACUCGAAAAAAUCGCAUAUCUCAUUCAUACAUAUGAAAUGUCAUACCGAAAACCAUACCCAGAACUGAAUAACGUAAAACACCCAGAAUGUUUUUUUGUUUUUCGUCGGUAGAAAAACAAAAAAAAAACUAUCCCAAUCAAGGGUGAAAGGCAUCAAGAUCAACUAUCAAAAAAAACGAGCCACAAUUGACAAAUGUAUUCCAUUUUUUCUGUUGCUAGAUAAGAGAUUUUAGAUAAAUUUUGUACAUAAAACUCUAAUCAAAAAGCUAGAUACACAAUGACACACCAAUAAUAAGAAGAAAAUACGUCUCAUCACACAAACACAUCACUUCACGUCAAACAAAUUGAUGGAAUCAAUCCAAAAAGGAAAAACAGCGCACUACAUCUCUAGAGUACUCCACUGCUGGAACCAUUUCCAGUUCCAGUCAGCAAAAGUAAGGUUGUUAUUCUAUACUGUGUAUCACAAUGACAAAUAAGAAGCAGCUGGAGGAGAACUCAUCUUUCCAGAAUCCAAAAGUCACAUACCUAAUACAUACAUACGACUGGGUGAUUGGGAAACCCAAAACUGUGAAUCUUCAUUCCAUAUUACUACCAUAGGUUUAGGACGAAUUGAAAAAUAAAAAUGGUUCUACGAAAACGAGGGAAUCGUACAUUGAGUAAACGAACAGCAAACAAAAAAAAACUCCAA